AUGAAGUUCCGGAAAAGCUCUCGCAAGGACCACAAGCAGCUUAAGAAACAGAAGAAGCAUGCGCAAUCUGUUAAAUAUCUGCAGUGGCAGAAUUCUGCUCGGGGUGAACCCAGCGGGAAGAUUCAAAAGCACCGAACGAACAUGAGUGGAAUCAAUGGACAGAUGAAUAGAAUUUUCUCCAAGCUCGAUAUAUUCAAGGAUUCUGAGCAGCCCCGAGCCUCGGCGAGCCAGAGUAAACACCAAAACUCCGAGGAGGUCGAUUCUAGCGACGAAGAUCUUGGCGAUAGGCUGGAGAGGGCUUACAGUGGCAAGGAAGAAAACAUUCAGGAAGAACUCAAGGAGUCAUUCGAAGACCGAGUUGCUCGUCUGAAGCGGGAGAAUGAGGAGGAGGACAAGGAGAUCAGCCGUCUCGAAAAGAUGCUCUAUCUAAACAAACGGAAAAACAAUAACAUGCCGAAAUCGUUCGUGGAGGAAGGACUCGAUUUCAUCCUCGAAGUAGUCGAUAAGAAAUACAAAAAACAAUACAACGACGAUAUGGAACUGCUGGAGGGAGCCGAGGGGGAGCUCAAGAACGCUUUCAUGAAGCAAAAGACCAGGGAAAAUCCUGGGAGCGAUGAAGACAGUACUCGAGAUUCUGACGACUUCACCCAGGAGAACGAGCGUAGGAGGAAGAUCAGGUUUGCCGAGCAGCCGAAAGAGGAUGAAGAUGAAGAAAUGAGUGACGAAGCGGAGGACGCCAGUGACUUUGACGGGGAGUUCGAUGAAGAAAUGGAUCAAGAUGAGGAUAUUGAUGAGGAUACCGAGGAUGGCAGCGAUGACGAUGAAGCGGAAUCAAUGGACCUGAACGUUGAUGAGCAGGAUUCCGAAAAUGAGGAAAUUGAAAGUUCCGAGCGCGAAGACGAAAGCGCAGCGAGCGUCAUGGCUGAACUAAAAGCAUUGAAAAGGGUCGGGGGCAAUCCCGCCAAGCGGCCCGCAUCGAGAGACGAAUCCACAACCAGGAACACCGAUUUCGCGGAGGAAGACGACGAUCAUGAGCAGGACUCUGAUGUCGAGGCUGACGAAGGCGACGAGGAACAAGAGGAUGGUGAGGGUGGCGAGAGCGACGAAGAUUCGGCGGUUCACGGGGAAGAUAUUCCCCAAGAGGAAGAAGCUGACGAUUUCAUUCGGAAGAGGAAUAAAAUAGGAGCCGACGGGAGUUACGAGGAUAUCUAUGGACGAAAACGCAAUGCAGGUGGGGAGGUCGUUUCGACCGAAGCUCAAAAAUAUGUCCCACCAGCGAGGCGACUCGAACUCUCUAAUGACCUGCAAUUGGAGAAACUUCAGAAGCAAGUGAAAGGGCUACUGAAUCGAUUGAGUGAAACGAAUUUGAGGCUUAUCUCUCAGCAAAUGGUUGAACUGUACUCGAAGCAUUCGAAGAACAACGUCACUUCGACGCUGAGUGUCGCUAUAGGCGACGCCGUUUUCGGCCUUAGUGCUACUCCGGAGCGACUUAUACUGGAACCGGCCCUCCUCUGUUCUCUCCUGCACGGAAACAUCGGUCAGGAAGUGGGUGCUCAAAUACUCGAAGAUGUCAUCGACAGGUUCAAGUCUUUGCUGGAAUCGCAAAGCACCGGGAAACAAAUGGAGAACAUCCUUAAAUUCCUCUGCUAUCUCUUCCUCUUCAAAGUUGUCACUCACGGGAUCAUCUACGAUAUUGUGAAGAAGUUCGACCCAGUCGACGAGCGCGAUGUGGACUACAUAAUGACGAUAUUGAAAACGUGUGGAUUCGCACUCCGAAGAUGUGAUCCGUUGGCUCUCAAGGAGUUGAUUGUCUCAAUACAAGCAAAAUGCAAGGGCUCGUCGUCCAAUCGUCAUCGCUUCAUGCUGGAUACCCUUAUGGCUUUGAAGAACAACAAUAUCUCGAAAAUUUCCAAUUGCGAUCCCUCCACGAGCGACCGGGCAUUCAAGUCUCUGAAAGCGUGCUUGAACAAGGGCGCGGUGAUUCACGAGCUGAAUGUGUCGCUCGAGGAUCUGUACAACGCAAGGAUCCGCGGAAAAUGGUGGCUGGUUGGGUCGGCUUGGGCGGACGAGGAUGAUUCACGUCCGAAGGCUGAGGUCUCGAAGGAUACAUCACGUCCGGCGGGAGAAGAAGUCAGCUCUAGAAUUCUGGAGCUGGCUGCCAAAGCUGGGAUGAACACGGAUAUCCGGCGUUCGAUUUUCUGCAUUAUUAUGUCGGCUCAGGACUAUAUCGACGCGAGCGAGCGGAUACUGCGCCUGAACUUGACACCGAUCCAACAACGGGAGUUCUGUUACGUACUCUUACUUUGUACGGCGAAGGAAAAGCAGUUCAACCCCUUCUACGCUCACCUGGCCUUAUUUUUCUGCAAGAAGAAUAGGAAGGUGUUCUCGAUGACCCUCCAGUGUGCCAUCUGGGACUUCAUCAAGUCAAUCGAUUCCUACACGGUAGCGAAAGUGAGGUUCCUCGCUCUUUUCACUUCGAUGCUCGUGUGCAAGAAGGGUCUUCCGCUCACGGUCCUCAAGAACAUCGAGUUUGUCGAUUUGUCUAAUGAUAAAGUGAUCGCCUUCUUGAGGUGUUUUCUCCUGGAUGUCCUGGGAACGCUAGACGACGAAGAGAUCACGAGCAUUUUUUCGAAAGUUGCUCUCGCUGGACCGAAGCUCGAGCUCUUGAGAGAUGGAUUGUUGGUAUUCUUCAAGAAGUUCCUCUUGAAAAAUCCGAAAUUUCUGCUCGAUGUGGAUCCUGUGGAAAUCAAGAUGAAGUUGAAGGCGGCGGAGAAUGCGCUGAGCGUACAACACCACCAAGGUGACGCCGACUUAUUCGACUGA